AUGACCGAUCUCACUCUUCCAGAACAUCGGGCAUCUAUAUUUUUAUUUAUGAACGCUGCAGUUCUCAUAGCUGAGAUGCUGGUCAUCCCACUCGCGGCUACUCUGAUGCGAACAAAUCCUUGGAUACCUGUCAACAUAGGUCUCGCAACUGUUGCUCUAGGAAGUCUUAUCACAAUCAGCAUAUUACCCGAAACGGUGCAUUUGCAGGAAACAGAGAGCGAAGACACCGAAGAAGAAAGAGAUUCCCUCUCCGAAGGGGAUGAUUCCAGCCUUUUCUCUGGGGCUAAGAGGGCUUUACAUUCCUCAAAGGACCUCUCUGAUGAUAGCGUCCACGAUGACUAA